UAAAAGCAGCAGGUACUACUGCCGCAUUUCUUACUCUGCCUCUGCUGUGAAGACUUGAACCGCCCGGGAUGGAUACGCUCACCUUUCUGUUUCUGCUCUCUUUAAUCGGAUGCUGUGCGGGGCAGGACAUUCUGCCAGAGGGUCCGGUGGACGCAGUUGUGGGGAGAAAUGUGACUUUGAAAACCCUGCUUGACAAGCCACAGUAUGUCUUUAUAACCUGGAAUUACAACGACGGGAGUGAGCAGAUUAAUGUCGCCACCUUGGGUCCAAAAGGGACCAAAGUGGGAGAGCCUUAUGAAGGAAGAGCGUCCAUUAACGCGACCACCGGCGACUUGACCAUGACGUCACUGAAGUCGGAGGACAGCGGGGAUUAUAGCAUCAGCAUACUGUCAGACGACAGUACCACCAGGACCGCAGAGAUUCAGCUCCGAGUUCUGAAGCCCGUGUCUGAAGUAGUCAUCGUGCCCAACAUGCCCGAGGCGAUCGAACACAACAGCACCGUGGUCCUGAACUGCUCCGCUAAAGGCUCCUUCCUCACAUUCACCUGGACUAAUGGCACCGCCCACAUCAUGGACGACGGCAAACGGCUCACAAUUAAAAAUGAGGAACUGUCCAGCACACUGACCAUCACAGGUGUACUCAGGUCAGAUCUGGUCGGUCCUAUCUACUGCACAGCUGCUAACAAGCUGGAGAAAGAUAUGAGUGCACCCUUCAACCUCACUGUCUACUACGGACCAGAUACAGUCACCAUCAGUCCUCCGAGUCCUCCCGAGUUUAUCCAAUCCGGCACCAACUUCAGCCUGUCCUGUUCAGCGAGCUCCAGCCCGCCCGCCACCUUCACCUGGUUCCACAACCAGCAGCCGAUGGAGGUGUCGGGUCCCGUCCUCACUCUGAAACAGAUCGAGGAGCACGGGUUAGGGAAGCAGACGGAAGGAUACACAUGCACGGCUAAAAACGCCAAGACCGAGCGCGCCGUCUCCUCACCUGCUGUUUCCUUCGCUGUGAUGGAGCCCAUUACAGGUACCACCAUCACCGGUCCGACUGCGACCCUCAUCGCCGGCAACAGCACAGCAAACAUCAGCUGCCAGGCGAAGACCGGCACCGUGAAGACCAGGACCUGGCUGAAAGAUGGCAAACCUCUGAUUGCCAGCUCCCGCCUGGUGUUCUCUGAAGACAUGAGCUCAGUGAUGAUCAGCCUGCUGCAGAAAGAGGACAACGGAGAGUACAUGUGUCAGCUCAUCAACCCUGUCAGCACUGACACAGCCUCCUACAAGAUGGUGGUCAACUAUGGUCCUGAACAAGUGAUGGUGAGGGGUGAAGGGGCCAUAGAGGUGAACGAGCAUGUGACGCUCACCUGCUCCGCUAUGUCCAUCCCACCCGCCAACUUCAGUUGGAAGUUUAACGGCACAGUGACCAGCGUGAAAACGGCGCAGUACACCAUUGUGAAAGCCAUUUACAAAAACACUGGAACGUACAUGUGUGAGGCGCACAACGCUGUCACCGGCAAGACCACCACGCACACCUUCAACCUGUCCGUCAAAGAGGAGGGAGCGUUGGAUGAAGGUCUGUCAGACGGAGCCAUCGCCGGAAUCGUUAUCGCCGUCCUCAUCGCUCUUGCCGCCGCCAUCGGGUUAAUCAUAUACUGCCGACAGAAAGUACCGGUCGAGUCGCCGUACUAAAGACGUCCCUGCACACCGGUGGAGAUCCGACCGUUUUGUUUCCCAUGAUCCAUCUCUGCAGCUGGGAGGGGAGUCCUAUAGGGGUCCAGCUGGUUUCCUGUGAAGCCCUGGCCAGACCAGCUUUUCCCAUCAUCCCCCUCUCUCUGCCUCUCUCUGUCUGUGCCUGACGAGGACAAUGGAAACUUGAUUUAACCCAAACGAUGGAUUCUAUCAGCGUUUGGAUUAUUAGCUGGAAUCUUCACUGUUAAUCUGAUUUAAUUUUUUUUUUUUUUUUUUUUUUUUUUUUUUUUUUUUUUCACCUUCACCUUCCCCACAAACCGUCACUGGAUCGUCCUCAUCAUCAUCCUUCUCUUCUUCUCUUCCGCUCGGUGUAAACAGACGUUGUCCGUCACCUUUUGUCUGGAUCACUGCUGAGAGAAACUCUGAGACGUUUCCUGAUGGACUGAUGGUUACAAUGAGUGACUCUCUUUAUCCUGCUGGAAACCUGAUCACGCACACACGCACACACACACACACACAUGCACGCACGCACGCACGCAGGCGCACACACACGCACACACAGUAACACCAUAUGACUGUGGUGUGUGGGUGAUCACACACAUACACACUCAGGCCACACACGUAGACAUUCAGGGGCUCUGGGUUAAAAAAAAUACAAUGAAAAAAGUUUUUGUGGUUUGAUUUAUCUCACUGUCUGUGCCAGGUGGGUGGAGUUUGCCUGAUGGGGGAUGCUUCAAAUGCGCUGAAGGGUUUUCAAGUAAAUGUUGUGAUGCUUCUCUUUGCUCGACAGCGUCACCGGAUCCAAAAUACCUCAGUUUGUUCUGUGCUCACCACUUUGUACAAAGUCUUUCUAACGCACCUGUUGAGCCGACUUAGCGUGUCUGCCUUGUCUGUCUCCCUCCCUAUGCGGCUGCUUUCCCCAUAAUGUCUCUGUUGUUCCACAAUGUCCGACAGAAGAUUUCAACUCCUCUGAGCUUCCACCUUAAAACAUCUGGACGAAAACAAAAUUUCCAUUAAUUUAUGGCCAUUUUUAACAUGUGAACAUUUUUGUGUAAAAGCCCUUUAAAGCCCCAGAUUGUGGCAGUAAUGCAAAACAAGAUACCCCAAUAUAACAUCCAUCUAUCCAAUAAUCAUAAUCAGUAAUAAUUAUUUUAA